CCAAACCAAACACAUCGAGCCUCACGCCGUCACAGUCGGGAGCUAAACAGGGAGGGAUCAACGAAAUACUUCAGCUGGUGUCGACACAAAUCGCUGUCUGCUUUGACUAUUUCUAUAACAGGAAAAUCGUGAACGUAUCGGGGGUGCUGGAUACCAGGAGGAAGGCAUGGGGGAGUUCAUGGCGUUUUUGCUGUUACUGGUGGCGACCUUGACGCUUUCAUCCGAGGUGCCUGCUGAUGACUCUGUAGGUAUGCAAACUGAGCCCCAGGUGGCUAUGUUCUGUGGGAAGCUCAACAUGCACAUUAAUGUGCAGAGUGGAAAAUGGGAGUCUGACCCUUCAGGCACCAAGAGCUGCAUUGGCACCAAGGAGGGCAUCCUGCAGUACUGCCAAGAGGUGUACCCAGAGUUGCAGAUUACAAAUGUUGUGGAGGCCAACCAGCCUAUCAGCAUCCAGGACUGGUGCAAGAAAGGCCGCAAGCAAUGCCGCAGUCACACCCACAUCGUGGUUCCAUACCGCUGCCUGGUUGGAGAGUUUGUGAGCGAUGCCCUGCUCGUUCCUGACAAAUGUAAGUUCCUGCACCAGGAGCGUAUCGACCAGUGUGAGAGCCACCUUCACUGGCACACUGUUGCCAAAGAGUCCUGUGGAGACCGCUCAAUGAAUCUCCAUGACUACGGGAUGCUUUUGCCAUGUGGUAUUGACCGUUUCCGAGGGGUGGAGUUUGUGUGCUGUCCGACGGAGGCAGAGCGAGAGGCAGACAGUGCUGAGCUGGAAGGGGAUGAGUCAGACGUCUGGUGGGGCGGAGCUGAGACUGAAUACACAGAUAACAGCAUGACGCGCCCGCCAGAGACAGAGCCAGCCACUACUGAGGACGAUGAGGACGAGGAUGAAGAGGCAGAAACAUUUGAAAGGGAUGAGAAUGGAGAUGGAGAUGUCGAUGAAGAUGAGGACGAGGAUGACGAGGAUGUAAUCGAUGAAAGAGAUAGUGAUGAGCGCAAUGCUAACAUCGCUAUGACAACCACCACAACCGAAUCAGUUGAGGAAGUCGUCAGAGCCGUGUGUUGGGCUCGUGCUGAGUCAGGCCCAUGUCAUGCCAUGCUGGAGCGUUGGUACUUCCUGCCUGAGAAGGGCCGCUGUGCUCCCUUCUUGUUUGGGGGCUGUGGGGGCAACAGGAAUAACUUUGACUCAGAGGAGUACUGCCUAGCUGUCUGCAGUACCUCGUUGCCCACAAUGGCCCCCAGUCCUCCUGACGCAGUUGAUCACUACCUUGAAGCACCUGGAGACAACAACGAACACCCCGACUUCCAGAAGGCCAAGGAAAGCCUGGAGGCCAAAUACCGUGAAAAGAUGUCCGAGGUGAUGAGGGAGUGGGAAGAAGCUGAGAGGCAGGCAAAGAAACUUCCUCGUGCUGACAAGAAAGCGGUCAUCCAGCACUUCCAGGAGAAGGUGGAGGCUGUGGAGCGGGAGGCAGCAGGAGAGAGGCAGCAGCUGGUGGAGACCCAUAUGGCCCGGGUGGAGGCUCUGCUAAACAGCCGCAGACGCCUGGCUCUGGAAAAUUACCUCAGUUCCCUGCAGGCCAACCCUCCACGGGCUCGUCAAGUGUUGACAAUGCUAAAGAAGUAUGUCCGUGCAGAGCAGAAGGACAGGCAGCACACGCUUAAAUGUUACGAGCAUGUCCGCACAGUUGAUCCCAAGAAAGCUGCACAGAUCCGGCCUCAGGUUUUGACCCACCUACGUGUGAUCGAUGAAAGGAUGAAUCAGUCCUUCGUUGUGCUCUACAAAGUGCCCAGUGUGGCGAAUGAGCUCCAAGGCCAAGUCUCUGUUCUGAUGCAGAGAGUUCAGGCAGAGCUGUCUCAGCAGGUCUCUUCUCUGCAGAGCGAUGGGCGGGUGGACGGCAGGGUGAGCUACGGUAACGACGCUCUGAUGCCCGAUCAGGCCUACAGCUCUGCUCCCAUGGAGCCCGGCCUGGAUGGACUGGGUUUCAUCCAUCCUGAGAGCUUCAACCAGCCCAACACAGAAAACCAUGUUGAGCCUGUUGAUGCUCGUCCAAUUCCAGAUAGAGGACUCCCCACACGACCUGUAUCAGCCCUGAAGCCAGAAGAGAUGCCAAAGGUGCAGAUUGGCCAGACGCACAGUUCUGAUUAUGCAGCUUCCAAAGAAAGACUGGUGUUUUUCGCUGAGAAUGUGGGGUCCAAUAAGGGGGCCAUUAUUGGACUUAUGGUUGGAGGGGUUGUCAUAGCAACCGUCAUUGUCAUCACCUUGGUGAUGCUGAGAAAGAAACAGUAUACUUCUAUUCAUCACGGUGUGAUCGAGGUGGAUGCAGCUGUGACACCAGAGGAGCGUCAUCUGGCCAAGAUGCAGCAGAACGGCUACGAGAAUCCCACCUACAAAUUCUUCGAGCAGAUGCAGAACUAAAGAACCCCCCCCCUUCUCACUUGUAGGGUCUGUUCCUUUCUGUCCCUUACCCUCAGGCCCUACACCCUCAGUUUCUCACCACUACAGGCAAGGGAGAGGUUUGAAGAGUCCUGCAAAGGCUGAUUUUGAUCUUGUUUGAAGGUUAGGAAGUAUUUGUACCAGUUGUCUCAAUCAGAAGUUUCCUUCCUUCUUUAUCCCUCAAUUGUAAAGCGCCACACUUAAGUUUAUAUUUACCUGUAAUUGAUAAGACAAGGGUCCCCUGUUUUACCUGCACAUUUCUGCAAAUCAGAACAAAGACAUCAGUGUUUGUAGUGAAAUACCCUGACGAUUGACUCGCCGCUGAGACCAGAAACAUUUCAAUCCUAGCUGUUUAAAUCCCUGCCUCUCCCGUCUCGCUCCGCCACUUUGCUCCAUUUUCCGAUGGCAGCUGUGCUGCAUUUGAUGAUUUAACGGUUCUUAGAGCUGGGGACGGGCGGAGGCUCUCAGAGCACCUCUCGCACGAUUAAAGCCCAACUGUUUCAGGUUUGUUUUUCAAAAAAGAAGUAAAAAACAGAAAAAUAUGCAUAAUCAAAAUAUGUACAAGUUGAAGAAUUUUGAAUGUUUUUGGUUUUCUGAUUAUUAUUUUUUAUGUGUAAUAUAUUAAGACAGAGAUUAGCUGUAAGUAUAUGUAGUGCAUGGCAAUAUUGAAGACAGAUGCAGUAUAUUGUAUGUUGAGUUCCUGGAGAGAGGUCCUCUUACUAGAUAUUUUAGCAGGAUUGUACAUUUCUCGUGUCUUCUUUGUGAUCUUGUGAUAUGAAGAAGAAAAAAAGAGUAUUCAAAACCAGUCUGCUUUGUGGUCACAGACUUGCUUUAACUGAGUUUGGCUCUUCACACUCAUCUCCAUGCUUCACUGUUGUGUUAGCUGCAUGGGCAAAAUGCUCUAUAUGUAAUAUAUAUGAACUGUUACAGUAUCCGAAAGGAAAACAAUUGUGUUACUGUUUGCGUUCUAUGCACUCUGUCAUUUUAGAAGAAUAUUAUCACCAAACAUUAUUCCUGUUAAUUCCCCUCAGGCCAAUUUCCGCGGUCCAUUGGGUUUUUAAUAGGUUUAUAUUGAACUCUCUAAAAGUAUCAUUCCACUCUUGCUUUUAUAUAUUUGGAGGAGAUCAGCUCUCAAUGGCCCAGUUUCAUUAUUAAGCUCCACCUCUCAAGUUUUUUCCCUCGCUUUUUUUCUACAUUCCCCCUUUUGUCCUGUUUGUCCACUCUUUCUGGCUGUGUCAGCAAUAUUUUACAGCACAGCACAGCACUUAGGAGUAUUUGCUAUAACACGAGUUGUUGUUCUUGGGCCAGCACAUAUCAAAUGUCUCUCCUCUUCACAUUCCUUCACCAAAUCUCUCACACAAUCUAUUUUUCUACAUUUCCUGCGUAAACAUGUACAGUGCUUCUGUCCGUCCUGUGGUGAACAUUUCUUUGCCUGCAUAUCUGUUAACAGUCAUAUCCUGAUGACUUACCAUCAGUAGUGGGAGUGGACCACAUGUUACAUCAGCAUAGAGACACAUUUCCCUCUCCCUUGAUUAAGUUAUUAAUGCCACCUCCAGUAAACAUGAAUGUGACAUGAAUAAUGUGCUUUUUAUACCAUAGAAAUACAACACAUAUCACCCCUCUACACAUUAUACUCACAUGUGAUCAGACACUUAAUGAAGCCCCUAAUCAGGUGAAUGUUUUAACAUUUGUAUUGAUGCUCACUCUGGGUGUCUUUGGAGAAAUGUGUUAUAAAAAUGAUGCUUUUCCCCCCAUUAUUGUGCAAUUAAAUGGACCAUUUGCUUAGAGUAAGAAAAAGCUUUCUACACUCACUAUACCAUGAAUAAAGUUUUGAAUGUACAUAA